GAUUCUCUCGGCUAAAGAGUUUUGUCUCCUUGCUCAAUUAUAAACGUGAUCACGAAUGAGUCCAUAAGUAAUUUUCUGCCACUGAGGCCAACCAACUUCCGCCGCCUCAUGAAUAUGAAUAAACUGGAAGCACAUAAGAGAAACUGACGACGGAUGCUUCGUCAUUUACAUUGAAAGCGAUAGCGUAGGAGCUUGUGUCGCGGCUUCUCUAUUUUUCGUAUUUUUUGUAAAAGCGCCAGUGAAGGACAAAUAUGGCUCUGAGAGGGUCGUUCAUUCGUCUGUUCAAGAAACAGUUUAAUUCGGUUUUUAAGCUACAUAACUGUUCGCAUUCCGUAGCCAUCAUCGGAGCGCCUUUCUCCAAAGGACAGAAAAGAAGAGGCGUGGAACAUGGACCUCAGGCAAUAAGGGAUGCCGGGCUGCUGGACAGAUUAUCCACCAUGGAUUACCCUCUACAUGACUAUGGAGAUCUGAACUUCACUCACCUGGCCAAAGAUGAGUGCUUCAUGCACGUACCUUUUCCCCGGACAGUGGGCCUGGCCAACAAAAUGCUAGCCAGUGCAGUGGGCAGUGCAGUGGAGGCUGGACACACCUGUAUUACACUAGGGGGAGACCACAGUUUAGCGAUCGGCUCUGUGCAAGGUCACUACAAGCACUGCCCUGACCUUUGUUUGAUCUGGGUGGAUGCCCACGCAGAUAUCAACACACCUCUCACCUCACCCUCAGGGAACCUGCAUGGACAGUCUGUCUCCUUUCUGCUCAAGGAGCUGCAGGACAAGAUGCCCGAGGUCCCUGGGUUCUCCUGGCUGAAGCCUUUCCUGUCCACCUCAGACCUUGUCUACAUUGGACUGCGGGAUGUGGACCCUGGAGAGCAUUACAUACUGAAGAACUGUGGAAUCCAGUACUUCACCAUGAGAGACAUCGACCGGAUGGGAAUUCAGAGAGUGACGGAGAUGUCUCUGGACCACCUCCUAAGCAGGAAGCAAAAGCCAAUACACCUAAGCUUCGAUAUUGAUGCUUUUGACCCUUCACUGGCUCCUGCCACUGGGACCCCUGUGAAUGGAGGGUUGACAUACAGAGAGGGCAUCUAUCUUGCAGAGGAAAUAAACAACACAGGCCUUCUGUCGGCAAUGGACUUAGUGGAGGUCAACCCUACACUGGGAGCCACUAGGGAGGCUGUGGAAGCCACUGCCAGUCUAGCAGUGGACGUUAUUGCUGCAUCGCUGGGCAAAACCAGAGAAGGCGCACACAUCUCCUUUGACAAGCUGCCCUCUCCCGGCACCACAUACAAAGCAGACAACGAACAGAAAAUCUGUCUGUAGAAACUGGAGUUUUUUUAAUUAAUUCACAUUCCAGAGCUCCUUUAUGAGUGUGUGUGGACUGAAGUAUGAAACCUUUUUUUUUCCCUCCUGUGUUAAACUUAAUUAUGACUCUGCCAGUCUUUAUCAAGUGAAGCCAUGAGGGAGACUUUAGAAUUGUAACUCAUACAGGCUUUUGCACUUUGUGAACCAGUGAAAUUUGUUUGCAAUUUCACUUGAUAUUAAUGUUUUGCAAGUUUUUUUAUACUGUAUAGCCAUGAUGACUAAAAUACCAGCGUUCAGGAACAAAAAUGUGAUCUACUCUGCUGACUUAAGAGUAUCAUUGCAAUUGCAUUUAAAAAAAAUAAAAGCCCAUAUUUGGGUUGCUGCUAAUAGUAAUAAGUUUUAUUUAAACAAUUUCCUAAUUAAUACAGAAACGAUAAUGGAAUGUGAUUUUACUAAAACUGUUUGACCUACUGUAAUAUUUGGUGUUGGUUAUUUUAAAAACCAGGAUCCAUAUUGUUAGUCCUAUAAAACAGCUCAAUCAGUGUGCUGCACUAGAAAGCAGUUUAUUAAAUUGUUACAAACAUACUCUAUUCCUUAAGUAUAUCUGAUCAUGUAAAGCACACCAUAUUUAAAUCACAUUGUCAAUGUUAACUCUUGUGCAUUUAGCAAAAAAUGGCAACAAACCAGCUAUAAAAUAUUUGGUCUAAUCCUCCCAAAUCCCUAUUAUUAUGACAGUGCUAACCUAGAAAAAUGUACAGGUAUGAUGCAAUAGUCAAUGAUAAUGCGUGCCAGUGGUUUUCUCUGCUUCCUCAUGUGAAGUUCCUUUAAAAUAUUUAUUCAUAACAAACUGUACAGUUUUACCUGACCACUUUCUGAUUAAAAUAUUUUACAGCUGUAUGUUAUAAAUAACACAUA